AUGCCUUACUUUUAGAUUCAAAUUCAAAUAGUAAAUCUAUCUUUUAAGUUGGAUACUAUGAAUAAUAGAAAUAAUGUUAUAGAUGUGGAGACCCAUGUAAAACAUGUUUAAAUUAAACAAUAUGUUAAGAAUGUGUUCUGUUAAAGUGAGAAGUAACUUAAUUAUUUAUUUUUUCUCUUUUUUUUGAAAUACAUGAUUAUACUAAUCAAUUAAGUGAAAAAGUAAAUAAAAUAUUCAUCUCCAUAAUCUAUAUCUAAUUUAUGA